AUGGGCCCGUCGUCCGUGACAGCGGCCAUAAUCAGAGCAGUGAAAAAGGCAAUUGAGAUGAAGUCAAGAGGAGUCAAGAUGAUGCCCGGCAAGGACAGCAGCCAUAAAAACUCCGUCCUGAGUCAAGGGGGCGCUGCGCUGGUCUCUGACAUGUGUCCGGACCCCGGGAUUCCAGAAAAUGGCAGAAGAGCUGGUAACGAUUUCAGGGUUGGUGCAAGUGUCCAGUUCUCCUGUGAGGACAAUUAUGUGCUCCAGGGCUCCAAGAGCAUAACCUGUCAGAGAGUCACAGAGACACUGGCUGCAUGGAGCGACCAUCGGCCCAUCUGCCGAGCUAGAACAUGUGGAUCGAAUCUGCGUGGACCCAGCGGCAUCAUUACCUCCCCGAAUUACCCAGUUCAGUAUGAAGACAAUGCUCACUGUGUGUGGGUCAUUACCACAACAGAUCCGGACAAGACUCCAGAAGGCUAACGUCUGAUAAAAUGCAUGAGGUGUGUUCUCUGACGAUAUUUCAACAUG